UGACAGUUGUUAAUAACUAUUUUCAAUCGUCAUUGGUUGACUGAUCAGAAGUCGCAUAUCUAUUGGCGGAUGAGAAUAAUCUCUAAUCACAUGUCCGCACAAGAGACGCCACACUUUCCCGUUCGGGCUUUAAAGAAUCGACAAUCCUGUUUUUAAUAACGCCUUAAAUCAAGUUUAUCUACCCCUAGAAUGGAAUCAGACGAAACUCCCGUUCAUUUUAAUGCGAUAGUCCAUCAUAUAACAGUAAACGAACAAGGAUCUGAGACGCCCUGUGUGAUACAGGGAAGUGGCAUCGAUCUUCUCCCAAGCGCGUCUUUGUCUUCUAUCGCCGCAGAUGUCUUGAGCGAGAUGUUCCAAAGAGGUGAAGUCGAUGGAAAAAUUAUAUUAAAAGCCGACAGUGCUAAAGUUUACAUACAAGUCCGUAAAAAUUGGAAACCCCUCGCACUGUCGGACUUCACUGCCUCCGAACAUUUGGAUGUUAGUGUGAAGGACGCUUUUGGUGACAUUCUAUUUCUAAAGGACACGCAGCUCUGCAUCCAUGUCCAUCUCCUUCACGAAAGAGAUUGGAGUGAGGAUAAAGUUCGGGAUACAAUAAAAAAGUUAUUAGAGCACUAUAGCCAGACACACUUGGAAAGACUACAGUGCCCAUUCUCACAGGGUAUGCUGUCCCAGAUUUCACGUGACCAAUACCCUUGCCGUUUAUCACAUGAAAAAAUCAAGCACUUUGGAGCAUGGUAUGAGCGCUCAAACCUCGCUGAUGAAGAUGAUCCAGACUGCCUUACACCACGAAAACCAGACAUUAUCACACAGAGAGGCAAGAAAAUUGUCUUCAGCCCCAUCAAUGAAAUUCCCAUGCUUCGUGCAUGGUAUGAAGAAAACCCUAAGCCUACCAUGAGUGAACUUGACAAAUAUGCUGUGAUACUGAAUGACACUGAGUUCAGAAAAACCAGAGAGUCUGUUUGCUCAAGGCAUGUGAAUACAUGGUUUAAAAAUGAGCGAGCAAGAUGGAGAAGGGAAGGGCUAAUGCAGGAGUUGUCUAGACCUUCUAUGGCUGUGAGUGUUACAAUGGACAAUGCAAAGAGUAUGUCAGAGAUUUGUCAGAAAGGGGGCUGGUUAUCCAACCCAUCCACCCCCUCUGGAUCCACUCCUAUAUAGACUGUAUAUAUUGUUCAAAUGUUUCCUAUUUAUUUACAAGCAGAUGUGUAUAUCUUGAAGACGUAAUGCCUAUUGUGUGUUAUUUUGUGUGGGAAAAAAUAAAGCAAUCAGCCCUAUAAUAAA